ACUCCUUGUGGCCGGUCAGCGAGCGGGGAGCAGCAAGGGGCUGUCUGUUGUCAGCUAUUGUUUGUGGCAACACAAGUUAUUAUCACCAGGAGCUAGUGGCUGCUCUGCUUAGUCUUGGUUGAAAACAUCAAGUUUGCAGACAUGCCAAGUCUAAAGCUGAUAUCUGCCACUGACACUCAGUAUUCAGCAACGGUGCUGAAGUCAAUGAACGAGCAGAGAAAUCAUGGAUUAUUUUGUGACGUCACCAUCAUCAUACAGGACAAGAAAUUCCGAGCACACAAAACCAUCCUGUCUGCAUCGAGCACAUAUUUCCACCAGCUCUUCAGUGUAGCUGGACAAGUGAUCGAGUUAAACUUCAUCAAGGCAGAAAUAUUUGAGGAGAUUCUCAACUACAUGUACAGCUCCAAGAUUGUCCGUGUUCGCUCCGACAGGCUGGAGGAGCUCAUAAAUGCAGGACAGAUUCUGGGAGUGAAGUUCAUUGCGAACUUGGCGUCGCCAUUGUCACAAGUUAAGGGGCUGCCUGGUUUGUCCAAAGAGCCAGAAAACAAAAGUGAGACGUCCCCAGAGAUGAUGCCGAUCAUCACGGAGUCCUUCUCGAUAUCUGCAGAGGAAUUCAAUCAGACGAGCAAACCUACGGAUAGUGACGAGGACUCGGACAGCGACGUCAUGUUUGUCUCACAAACAGAUGCUCAGGAAGUGAGUCAGAAAGCCAACUCUGGGGAGAUCAUUGAUGUGGACAAAGCUGAUUCGAAAAAAGUUACAUCAGAGGCAAAUACAGAAUCAAAUCAUGCAGUGGUAAAAGAGAAAGAUAAAGAUAAAGCCACACCCAUCGAGAGAACCCACACUGUGAAAGCAUUGGCAGCAAAGACUCCCAGUUUCAGUUCUCCUAGCCCCAGUUUACCCAGCAGCCCCCUGCACAGUCCGGACUCCAGCUCAAACAACUUGUCUUCCCCUGCCAGAGUUUCCUCAGGUAGUGCUCCCGCUACACCAGCCAGUUCAAGCAGCGUCGACCCGGAGCCCUCGAGUGCCCCCCAGUCUUCAGAAAACAGCGAUAUAAUGGGAGUCCACAAAAAACAUGUCUCCACUUCAACUCAGAAGGGGUUCUCCAAAAUAAGGCUCCUAGAUGUUUCUGAAAGACCAGCUAGUCAGGCCAACACCCCCAAAUCAGCGAUAGCGGCAAAAAAGACAGUGACGCUCAACACGGCCACAGAAAUCGAUUCAAUUUCUUCAGGCUGUAAAGUGUACGCCAAUAUUGGAGAAAAUACUUAUGACAUUGUCCCGGUGAAGGAAGACCCAGGUGAAGGAGGCUCUAAAGCCAGUAAAGGGAAGAGAUCAUUUAUGUCAACGCCUCUGAAACCCUCUGAAAAAGCCCCAUUGUCACCGAACCCCGGCCCAAACAAGAAGAAGGGCAAAACUGAGCUGGAGGAUCACUACGAGCUGAUCAUGGACGGGAAGACAUUCUACGUGUGCAUCGUCUGUAAGCGCCCCUACGUGUGUCUGACGAGUCUUCGCCGCCACUUCAACACCCACUCGUGGGAAAAGAAGUACCCGUGCCGCUACUGUAACAAAGUCUUUGCCCUGGCCGAGUACAGAACUAAACACGAAAUCCACCACACAGGAGAGAGAAGGUACCAGUGCCUGAUGUGCAAUGAAAUGUUCAUAAACUACCAGUUACUGUCCACCCACUGCAAGCAAGCCCACAACCAGGAUCCCUGCGGCAGGAAAGAGAAGGACGAGGCCAACAACAACCUGUACCGCCUGCUGCCGUGCAAAACGGUGGAGAUGAAGCCGUACUCGUGGACGACUCAGAUGCCCGGCGUCCCCGUCAUCUCCGAGGACGGCAGCGUGCAUCACAUAACCCCCCCCGGCGACAACGUCCACUCUUCGACCCAGAGCAGGAUGUUGAACUGGGACGACAUAUUCGUCGAGCCCGACGCACACAUGCCCCCCGACGCACACAUCCGACCAGGCUCAACUGUGAACACUCCUCCGCAGGGUGACACAGAGUUUGACUUUGUUAUACCAGAGACCUACUGAGCAGCACGUGAUGCUCAGUUACCUGUGCCUUUUAGGUGCCCCCCCCCCCCCCCAUAUUAUUUCCUCUUUGGUUCCAUGUCAAUAAUAUUCUUCAGUACAAAGUAAGUUAAAGCAUAAGCUUCGGCCACGGUAGUCUUUCUGUAAAAUAUUUUUUUUAAAUAUUGUUCUAAUCAUGAUGAUGCAGGUCCACAUGGUCAAAACUAAUCAAAGGUGCAAACAGGAAACAGAUGCUCAUUUGUAAGUCGUGCCGGCUUCAGUCAAAAAUAAAUAAGGCAGAGUGAAUCGCUGCAGGUGAAGGAAGUGUAACGAGAUGUGACUCUGCUUAUGUAAUAGCCUUGAUCUUUGGUAUCGUUGAAGUAAAUGAUAAUGACACGGGCACUAAAGGAGUUUAAAUUAACAAUUAAAAAAAUCUUUGCGUAACAAUCAAAAACCGCCCAAGAGAAACAAGUGCUUAACUCGAAUAGUUGUAAUAAAAAGGUAAAAAAAAUGACAUGUUUAAAUGUUCACCAUAUGAACAAGUCAAAGCCUCAAAAUUCUGUAUCGGCCAGAAAACUUUAGUUAAAGGGGCAGUAAGCGAUUCUAAAGCAACACGCAUUUUGUGAAAAUCAGAGAAUAUUUCCUCACGGUCCGCUAGCUGUUGCUUCUGUGUGUGCACGGGAAAAAAUCAGGGUUUUCUGUUAAGUAAAUUCCAGGCUCUGUUAAUUGAAAAUUAAAUCAAUGGUGAAGGCUGCACAUCACUAGUCGACACCUCAAGAGACGUGUUAGCGGGUGGCGCCGCAGCGCCGAGGUUUCAGUUUUCGCGGCCCGACCAUGGCAGUAAAAUCACUACAACACAGGGAGAAACACUUUUAAAGGAUCUGAAGCACAAAGCAUUUGAAAUGUAACAUGUAGAUUUAACCGUCUUGUUUCUUUUUAAACAUUUAGUCAACGUCUCCCGGUUCAGUUAAUGACAUUAGGCUGAGACCCAUUCAGUGAAAUAGAAAUCAAGUGUCCUACUUAAGUUACCGACGUGAGCGUGUGAAACCUCCGUUGAUGAUUUAUGCAUCCAGGUGACUUCUGCUCUGGUCAGGAUAAAUUAAUUAAUUUAUGAUCCUUAUAAAAUACACAAUGUCUCACUUAUCAUUCCUGGUCUGUAUUGAGACCCAAUUCUGUACAAAGAGAAUAUGAUCUGAAAAUAUUUUUUUCCAUUAUAUGAUUGUUGGCGAUCCCGCAUCUGGGUAAUGUGGCAGGGAAGAAGCUUUUUUUUAAUUCUUUUUUUUUGUAAUGGUUUGUGAACAAUUAGGGUUAAAAAAAAAUGUCCAUCAAACAUCAGAUUUAUUUUGAUGUACAUUUUUAUUCCCUAUGAUUUCAAUGCUGUAUAUUUUAAUGCCGGCUACAUACCGAGAAAAAGAUUUUGCAUCCAAAUGUGAAGUUUGGGUUCACAAACUUGGGAUCAUUUCAGUCCACACAGAUAGCACUUAGUGCUGGAUCACGCAGAAGAUGUUCUUUUGUAUAAUCUUUUUUUUAUUCAGUUUUUUUUUUCAUUGUGUCAGAAGGUAGUAAAUUGGUCAGUAUGAGUAUAAAGUAGGGGAUUCUAUUCAACUUCACGUGAUUCAAUAAAAACCUGCAGAAUUACCUUUUUUUUUCACAGAUUAACAUGGGUUUUGUGAUGUAAAGUUUAUAUUUGUGCUAACUUGUUUGUUUUUUUACAGUUUCAAAUUUAUUUAUUAGGUUUAUAAGUUAGACAAACUGAAAUAGCUAUUAAACACAUGGCUCUUUUGACAUUUACCAAAAUGUUCAUUUUCUGUCAAUUGGCAAUGAGAAUUAUGUGAUGGUAAAUAAAUUAUUUUACUAUUUUAAAA